GCGGGGCAGCCUUGGGCAGAAAGGACUUGACUCGAUGAUGACUGCGAGCGAGCAGCUGCGUCAUGUGGGGACCGGCGCGAACGGGCCAACGCUACGCGGGCCACGUGACAUGUACUCUGCUUCGAUCGGCGAGGCUGGCGAGGCUGGCGAGGCGAAACAGCAGGGCCUUAUGGCUUAUGGCCUCAUGGCGCGGGGCCUUCGGUUCCCACACAGUGAUGCGCCGAGCUGACUUGCCAGACGACCGACGGCUGGUCGUAAAGCAGAGGGGCGGUUUUCAUUCGCCGAGGUUUAAACUCGGUCAUGGUUCGCCGGAAGCGAGAAAGUACCGCACCGCAGAGGCACAGUCGGUGCCACCGAAACAGAACCGAACCGAACCCACCCGUUGGUACCCGGCGGCCACCCUGCGCGUCAACCGCCAGCCAUUGAUGUUCUUUUUGACGGCCACGGCCACCCCACCCAGAUCGCCGCCGUCCUAGAGUGCCCCACGUCCUCUCGCCAUGACGCCCCCUGAGGCGUGGCCGCCCGAGGGCGCCACCCGGGCACCCUAGCACCAUGCUGGCCGCGCUCUGCGUCAUCAUGAAGAUCGUCGAGCAGAUGACGGGGCGGGACGGGGCCUGCGAGGCCGCCGUCAACGCCGCCCCCGCCGCCGGCACCUCGCCGCCGGCCCGGUACGGCCUCAGCAAGAAGAACAUCAACAGGAACAACAGCACGCUCAAGAAUGAGAAGGACAAGUUGUUGUUCCGGAACAUUAAUCAUGACAAGAACAACAACAGCAAGAACAAUGAGGUGACGGAGUACCGCAACAACCUCAACAAGCGCGUCAACAAUGUCAACAACGUCUGGCGGACGCAGCACCGCAUGCUGGAGUGGCACCGCCGCAAGCGCCACAAGCUGGAGGAGAAGGAGAAGCGCAGGAAAGGCUUGCCGCCAGGCGGCAGAACCAGGAUGACGGAAGAUAUCGGGAAAGGCACCGGGGUGCUGAGUCCUGGGGACCUAAAUUCCAAUAACAACGGAGAGACAACAGCUAGCUAUGCUGCUAGCUAUGUCAGCAACACAUCAUCUCAAAAUGAUGCAGACUUCAUACAAGACAAUUCUGAGUACCAAUGGUUUUUGGAUUAUGGUUAUCGAGAGGGCAUGCACCACCAAGUUAGUGUGUUGUCAUCUCUCUCAGAAUCAUAUGCAAGAGGUUUGCUGUCCAGUGGAGUGGAUGGAAAAUCGUGUGGGCUGUAUGAUGAUCUUGCUAGAAAUUUGGAUGCUAACCUUGCAGAAGUGGACAUGGAAAACUUCUGUGCUGAGGACAUCCAUUCUUUGCUGAACACACUCCCAACCAUGUGUGACAUGCAGAAGAGCAAUAAUCAAGGAGAGAUGUUUGCAAGCAUGUCCGCUCUAUCUACUUCACUGAUGGGAAAGUUUGACUUUGAAUCAUCUAUGAGCCCUCACAGCAGCUCACAGGGUGAAGAUUCAGCUGGAUCCAUUGAUACUAUGUCACUUUGCAAAUCUGAAUUGCUGUUUUCACCUGUCAAAGAAAGUGCAGUUCCUGGAACUAUCAACUUCAGUGUAGACUCUCUAGAUUCUGAUAUGAUGCUAACAUGUCAAGCCAACAAGGAUAACUACACUAUUGCCUUUGAGGGCUCUACAACAAUGGGCUCUGAGGAUUCUGAAGAGUUUCAUGAUCAUGGUGACAGUGAGACAACAAGCACGGACAGCAACAAUUGGUCUCGCAACAGCCGCUUAUUGAACCCAGCUCUGGCUGCUGUACUUGGAGCUGAGCAGAGAAUGCUAAAUUCUUCCUUGACAUCUACCUGUUCAGGGAAAAGUGUGAGGGCUGGCUGUGGCAGACCUAACUGUAAGCAAAUUCUAACUUCCUCUCACAACAAUAUGGCCAGAUCUGAUUCCACCUUUACAACCUGGAGUAAGUUGAAGAAACCUGAGGGGGAAAAUCCACUGGAGCAGCAGCAACUGAGCCGUCAUCCUUCUGGAAACAAUAACACCACUCAAGGGACGGAAGAAGAAACACAAGCCGAUAAUACUGAUGAUCAAACAGCUGUCAAAAGCCGCAGUUUACCUAAUUUGGCUAGGCAACAACAACAGCGGCAGCAACACCACCAGCGCCGAAAGCAUCAAAUCAGAACAAGUUUGGCUUUAAGCACAUCGUCUUCCAUUGAAUCUUCAUGUGUCAAGUUGUAUGAUGUUCGUUGCAAUGGCAGCCCUCUCACAUCUAGUGGUGCAAGCAGUUGCAGUGGUGGGAAGCCACAGGGAGGCAUCAAUCUAGUUAGGCUCUUCAUGAAACAACGCAGCGGCUCAGGAACUGACCAUUCAACCUCUGUAAGUGAUGGUUGGGAUAGUGAUUCUUGUGUCAGGUCAGCAACAGGACCAAUGAGGCGAAACAACAAUGAGUGGCAGAGUAAUGGAGGAAGUCAGUCUUGCCGUGGAAAGCAAGUCUUUCGGUCAUGCCAGGGGGUAGAUGCUUCUCGAAAUGACAAUAGUGUAGAUGAAUGUCAGUGCCUGCCCGAAGAAAGUAUGACAAAGGUCAACAAUAAGCUUAGUCUUCGAAGCAUUGACUCUCUAAAUUGUGGCCACCCUCGGAAAAACAAUGGAAGUUGGGUUCGUGGAGAGGAAAUGACUGAUUGUUCUACUUGCACCUUUGAGGAUAGUCUUUAUCGCCUUGAGGAUGGUGUUCAAAGGACCCAUGAACAAAUUACUGAAGAGGAAGCUGAAGGCCCAUCAGAACACUCUGAGUCAGUUGAGCAGGUCUCAGAAAGCAUUUCAAAAAUCAGCAUGGCGAGGGACUCCACAAUGGAAAAUGUGCACAGUUGUGAUGACAGUUCCAAUUACUCUAGUCACCAUGGACUUGUGCAUGGUUUGAAUAAGACUGAGGGCGAUUUGUUCCAUUGCCGGCGAUAUAAUGUGAACAAUAACAACAGCCUGGAAAGGGAAGAUAUUUCUUCAGACAGUCGAAGGCAGUCCCGUACGGGUAGUCUUGGCAAUUGUUGCUGUUGUGGUUGUGAAAACAAGGAUUGCAGGAGAAAUUCAGGGACACAAUGCCAGCUGCCUCUUAUUAACAGAAGUAUGCAAACGUCUUGCAUGCUUGAUGUUCUGUCAAAGGCUACAUUGCAAGAAGUCAGGAUACCACCCAACAAAGAAGCUCCUGUAAAGCCUCCAAAUGCUAAACUGGUAGAGACUAAAGAAAAGGAAGAUGAAAAAACAGAAAAAGGGACAAAGCCAGUAUAUGUGUACUAUCCCAACUAUGCUCUCCCUGACCUGGGAUUUUUGAAGGAGAAGAAACCCAAUGUAGAUCUCACUAAGGUGUACCUUAGACCUCAAAAGUUUUCAGCAACUACCAAUGCCGGCAAUGCUGACUUGGUUUCCAAAAUACCUGCUUGCCUGAGGCAACCCAAAAGAGGUUGGAAACAACAGCGGCCAUUCUCCUGUGGUGAUGUUGAAAAUCUACGCAAGAAAGGAUUUCAACAUGUUCAGGAUUGGAAUUCUCUGACAUUCCUUCUUCCUAAAGAAUAUCGUGUGCUGCUUGCUGAUGUUCCAGAGGUGCUGAAACAUGUUGAUGCUAAAAAUUUGUGUGAGCAGGAUCUUCAUCCUCUGUUUUGUAUGGCCCCUCCUUCAAAAAAUAGGCAUUCUCACCCUGGCUGUGAUUGCACGAAUCUGUCUUCAGCAUCCAGCACCAAUACUCAACCCUCGUCAGGAUACAGGGGCUCUUCUACUCUUCUAACUGAUUCGUCUUCUCAGUCGCCUAACUACAACCCCCUGUUUGUAUACCGUUAUGAUAGUGUGAGCUCUGAAGCAAGCCUCCUUGGCACAGAAAAGAAGAAACCCACUCUUUCUUCAAAUGCUCCUCCCCUUCCGAAGAGGUCAAUUUCGUUGCCGGGUGCAAAGGACGCCAAGAAAAAUUCCGGAAAUGUUGAUUUGUCACCUCAAGCACCAGCACCUCCAAGACCUCCUCUUCCAAAGGGUAUUUUACGCACUGCAAUUGAUGGAGAUGUAGUCUCCAAUAGCAAGAUGCGGAAGGAAGCUGCCAAUAAGAGGUUCAGCAUGUUUGAAAUGGGAACUGGUCCUAAUGCUGCCGCAGCAAACAAACGCUGUUCUCUGCAGGAACCAUACUACCUUCCUGGGCAUGGUGAAAAGAAGAAUCGUGCCCAAACUAGAGAAGAUGCUGCAUGUGGGGAUGACGAUGAAGGUUUGGCAGGUGUGGGUUCUGAACACCACCACCACCUCUGUAGCCAUGCAGAAUUUGAAGAUGUCUUACGAUUAUCUGAUUAUAUUCACAUGAGCACAGCUGGACUUUCAGAUGUUUCUAUUGAAUCUGAGUGGGAUGAUGAAAAAAUGGCAAGACUGAGGCUACAAGUCAGUAGGUUUAUAAGCACAGCAAGCUCUGAAGGAUCAGAGCAUGCUAACCAACAGACUUCAAAGGCAGUCUCUUUUGGGACAGCUGAGAAACUUCGUCCUAGUUCUUCAGCAGGUGACAUGAAAACCCCACCUAACUCGCCUAAUGUAUCAGCCCUUUUGGGAAAUCACCGUCAAUACCAGUGCAAGCAGCCCUUAUCUGACUUGCCUAUCCGGGAGGAGGAUCCCGGAGAGUCAAGUGCUGAUGAACACUACACUCCCUCAACACCAUCCAGCAAACCAGAUUUGGAAUCCAAGAAAGCUCUUGUGACAGCAGUCUCAGACGCCGUAGAAGAAAUCAUAUGUCACUUCUCUGGAGCAUCAACACCAGGGGAAUGUGCUCGUCUGGGAGACUCUGCUGUGACCCCUGCCGUUGCCAACUCUGUCAUAGGAACGUUAUGCCCUGCACUCUAUGCAGUCCUCAGCGAUGGUCUUUUGACCAAUAUCGCCACAGCAUUUGGUGACAUUUCUAAUUCCGUGUGGCAAGUUGUAGAGGCUUCAGCCCAGCAGGGCCACAUGACUCGCUCUCUGAAUGAAUUAGUUUUAAGGCUGAACAGUGAGGAUGUCUUUUCUGAAGGCUUGCUAAAAUUCAAUGCCUUUGUCUUUGGUCUCCUCAACGUACGGUCAGUUGAUGCAUGGAUGGGAUACUUGCGCACCCGAGAAAGUAUUCUUCGGAAACAUUAUGGACCUGAAGCACUUCUAGUCCUAUCACUGCGCGGUGGUCCCUCGUUUCACGCACUUACAGACAGCCUCCUUGCUGCUCUGCGGCCUCUUUCUUUGUUGCCAUUCCACCUUGAUCUUCUCUUUGAGUGCCGCCAACUGCAUCAAAGUUUGCAGAGACUUGGAGCAGCUGCUGCUACAUCUCCAACUUCUCUUUUAAGGCUUGUGCGUUCUAUUCAAAAUUCUGUGGGCCAGCUGACUAUUGCUGAGGAAUACUCAUCAACUCACAAGGGAGACAAUUCUGAUAAUCCAUUGCCAGAUCUUCUUGAGCUGUCAUCAAAUUCAACCCUUCUUUCUGUGCCGACAAAACGCAAUAGUCGUUCAAGGCAGCUUCGCAGGCCACGAUCAUGCAUUGAUCCCUCUGGAGACCUUUUAGAUCCUUCUACAAAUCUGCGCAAACGUUGGAGUGGAGUGCAACUUGGCUCCAAAUUGAGCCAAGCCCUUGAUAGGCUUUUGGCCGAAGAUACCGAGGAGGAUUUCUCUGAUAGUCUUAAUGCAACUCCAGCAACACCUGCAACACCACUGCUUCGCACUCACUCUGAUCAGUCAACCAGUGAAGACGCAACUCUUGUAAGUCAUGAUAGUGACAUGGACCACACAGACACGGACAUGUCCGACCGGUCUGGCGCAGUUGCCAAAGCAAGGCGAGCAAAUGCAAUGGGAGUUGGUGGAAAGUUUCGUCGUUUGCAGAUGAAAUGGGAAAAAUUGAGUGGAAGUGGAACUGAAUCCCGAGACCAGAGUACAAGAGCAUCUCCUGAAGCCUCUCCUACGAAAACAAUGAGGUCAAGGACAUCAUUCAGUGGGAGCACUCGUACUUCACCGGCAAUGUCUCCUGUCAAAUCCUCCUCAAGGUCUUCCCUCCAUAGUCCAGGCAGCACAACCAGUAGUACAAGCUCCAUCUCUCGCAUUCCUCGACCGGUAACAUCUCCGGUGCGUCCACCAACAGGCAUUCCUCUGCCUCGCUGUGCAACUUCCCCUACUCAAGCCCAAGGUCCCAUUCGAAAACCAAAUUUACCUCUUGCUCAGGGAAAACGAUCUUCAGCUGUGGUUACUCGCACAAGCCGUGUAGACCAGGCGGUCACCAUGGAGCAUCGCAGCCCAGCUACAAGGCCAAGCAGUUUGCCUUACAGUCCAGUGGCAGAUGUGGGCAAGAAAAGUACCCACCGUCGAGCCAACUCGGCAUCAGUUAGCAGACCUGGCCAGUCCGGCCCAUCUGCACGGAAACCUAAGGCUCCCCCAAGAUACGUGAGGACUAUCAAACAUCAGUUGGCAUCUGACAGUGGCCAUUUAUCAUUCAGCACUGGCGAGCGGCUCAGCUUGGUUCUCGAGGUAGAUGAGCAGUGGCUGCUGUGCUGUCGAGGGGACCGAAAGGGGCUUGUUCGGCGCUCAGCGGUUGUUGCAACUCAGGACCAUUCAUCUCGAUUUUAAGCCCCCACAGAAAGAUUGCCUGUAUCAAGUGCAAAUACUGUAUUGUUUAGACAUAGGUUAUCAUGUUACCUUUUGUUUUUACUUAAGAGUAAUUUAGUUCUUAAUGUUUUAGGUCUUGUUUUCUCUGGUCAUUUGUUUCAAGUAAUUUAAUUUGUUUCUUUUAUUAUUAUCCUUACGUCUGAAAUAUUUUAAACAAAUUUGUUUUUAAAUAUUAUGUAGUCAAAUGUUUGAGGAGUCAUCAAGCCAUAUUCAUACUGUUUGUAGCCUUCUUGAUAGUCAUGUUAUGAUGAGCUUACUCUAGCAAAAACUAGUUGAAGAAUAAUUAAAUAAAGUAACCCUUCAUAUUGUAUCUUAUUCUAGGCAAAUCAUAGUUUUGAUUGAAUUUUCUUUGAGUAAGAAGUUAUAUGUCCGAUAAAGUAUGAUUACUUUUUGUUUUGAUCUCUCUUCAUUUUUUUACUGAGUUAGAUUUUUUAUAUAUAUAUAUACAUGGAUGCUAGCCUGCACACCUAUGCAGUCAUUUAAAAUUUUAUGUAGAACAUUGUUUGGCUGAACCUUUGACCUCUUAAGAAUGAUUGUUUGAUUGAUAUUUGUACUAUAUUAGAAUGUUUGUGAAGAUUGAUUGAGCCACGCUUGUGUGCUAUUCUCACUGUCUGUGAUUGCUUAAUGACUCGCUUACGUCUUUGCUUGUGAUUGUAAUUGUAAUAUUGUACUCAUCACUCACAUAGCAGUGUCAGAAUCUUUCAUUAAUUGAAAUGCGAAUAUAUAUACUCACACUGUUUGAUCCUUGCGUAUUCACCUGCUUCAAAGUUGCUGUCUUUUCAUCAUCUCAAGUGUAAAUAAAUGCACUUCUUGUUUUAGUACAACAUAAGUGGCUCUGGCUUUAUGUUAUUAUUAUCAUGUAUGAUUCCCUAAGAAUACUCAUUUCAAAUGGAAAUGAUAUGUUUGAAGAAGUCUGAUUUCUUGAAAUGCAGUAAUGUUGUGUGUUGCCUCUUUUGCUUGACACUGGUGCUAUAUCCUUAGAAUGCUAUGAACUCAAGUAUUCUCACUCAGAGGUCUUCAUUUAGUUCCAAUUAUUGUUCUUAAUUUUUCUCCUUUGUUACUAAUUUUUUUAAAACUUGUGUAAUGAUUAUUUUAUCUUAACAAUCAAAUUUUGACUUCUAUCAUAUUGGCAAUUAUGUACAAAUACUCUGGGGACUGACUGCUUGUAAUUGUAAACCUUCUUUCUGCUCUGCAAAUCCUAGAGAGGUUGCUUGUUAAAACAUUUUCACACUUGAGGCCCAAUAAUUAAUCUUAGCCAAUGUCAUAUCCUUUCACUUCCUCCCUCGCAUGACAAACCGUAGUUGCUGUUGUAUUUUAGUAAAAUCUGAGUGGAUCUGGAGAUGCAGAUGUUCUGUUUGUGGAAUGAUUUAAUGACAGAGGAGGUGAGACUGUUGUAAAUGUUUGCUUAUUGCAAGGUAGCAUGGGAAAUCUAUUUUUCAGUAUUUAAAUGGAAAACUUAUGAGUGGCUGUUAAAUUUCUGCCCGGUGGCUUUGGGUUAGGUUGAGCUGAAGUGAAAAGCUGUGUGGCAAAACAAACCACCUCACAGGGAAUGUGAUGUGUGGCGUAGCUAACUUGUUUACAGUAUUACUCUGUUUGUAAAUAUUUCCAAGAUAACAAUGCCGUUUGAUUUCCAAAAUGUAUUUGACCUUCAUGUUGUUUUCUCUUGAUUUCUACUUUUGCUCUUUUGUAUAUCUCUUCAAGCUGUCAAGCUAAGAUUACAAGGUUUGAGCUUGGAAGUGAUUUUGCACGUUUUCCUCUUUUUUUUUUGAAACAAAACAAAACUUAAUGGACAAAUGUGAAAUGUGUCCUCCUAAUUUUACUUAAAGCACCCUAUGGAGAAGGUAGACCGGGUAUACACCGAUAUAUCCAUGUUGGUCACUCCAAGCUCUCAAAUCUUACUCUACUUGUGUUGCUUUUUUUUUGUUUUGGCUUCUCAUUUAAGAAUUUUUUAUUCCUUUCUUGAUUGGUCACAUAAUUUUGGGACGGUAUGGCUUCAUGAAAUAUUCUUAAGUGUCAUUGGAAGUGGUGCCAUAUUGUGUGCAUGAUGUGUCAAGUUUCUAUAAUAAUGUGCUAGUCACACCGCCUCUAGAAAAGAAUAAUUAUUCCCCAUUAUUAUGUAAAGAACAUUGCUUUCAAGAAGAUUAAAAUAAUUCUUUGGGUCCUCAACUUUUUACCGAAACUGUUUAUCAAUUUGCUGGACCUCUGUUAAAGUAGCUGACAUCCAAAUAAAAUCAUAACAUACAGUACAGACUAAAUAGAGUUUGUGAAAUUUAACUCCAUCUUACUAUAUAGCUGUGUUUGUUGCCUCUAAACAGUGUUUCGGUGCAACUAAUAACUUUCCAUGGGACUUCUUUUUACCGAGUUGUUAUCAUUACAGUCUCCGUAUUGAAUGGUUUAUUCUCUUAAUUGUGUCAGCAUUUAAGUUUAGGUAAAUACAUGAAUGCAUGAAUUUAAA